AUGUCAUCAACAUACUAUGACGAGAAAUCUGGAUUCAGAUUGCAGAUCCACUUUGAGCCAACACUUGGAAAUGAUUUUCAAGCAAUUAUUGAUGAAUACAAGCCUAAAGUUGCAAAAGCACUUGAUUUGAUCAAGAGAAUGGAAAAUGGAGAAAUUGUCAAUCAUACAGAAGUUAAGGAAGAGAGUGAAGAUCGUAUGGUUGAUCACUACAACCUUCGCAUGGAGAAGGAACUUGUAAAAGGAAAAUCUCUUGCACAUACACUCGAAAUGUGGGAAGAAACAAAGAAGUUUGCUGAAGAUGUUCUUAAUGGUGUUAUCAAAACAUCUGCUGGCAAGAAGUAUGAGACAAUCAUCUUCAAUGGUAUUGGUGGUUCAUAUCUUGGACCAUUGAUGCUUAUCAUUGCCAAGUAUGGUAUGGAUUUCAAUACAACAUCUGGCCUUCCAAUGAAGAUCUAUUUCAUCUCCAACACAGACUCAGAUAUGUUCCAUCAGAUCACAUCUAACAUCAAUAUUGAUGCUUCAAUUAUGGUUCAUCUUUCUAAGUCUGGCUCCACAUCUGAAACAGCAGGAAAUGCUCAGACAUGGAUGAAACUUUGCCGUGAUAGAAACCUUGUUAUUGGAGAACACAAUGCAGCUGUUACAAUCAAGGAUUCUCUUCUUGACAAGAUCGCUCAUGAAAAUAAAUUCAUUCGCACAUGGCACAUGGAAAUUGAUACAGGUGGUCGUGUUUCUGUCAGCUCUGCAAUUGGAUUCGUUCCAUAUGCUUUUGCACGUUGUGAUUAUGCACAAUUUAUUAAAGGCAUGUCAUACAUGGAUACAUUAACACGUGCUGAAGGUGAGAACCCAGCUGCUUUACAUGCUACAGCCAUUGAUGCUAACAAUCAUAAGGUUGGCCACAGAAACAUGAUUGUUCUCUGUUAUAAUGAAUUCAUGAGAGAAUAUGCUCAUUAUCUUCAGCAACUUUAUAUGGAAUCUCUUGGAAAGCAAUUCAAAGUGGAUGGAAGUGAAGCACGCGCUGGACAGACUGUUUUCGGUGGUGUUGGUACAUGUGAACAACAUUCUUUCAUGCAGCAAGUUCAAAAGGGAAUUGCUGAUAACUUUGUUAGAAUGAUUUUCUUCGAGAAGAGAGAACACGAUUAUGCAAAUGAACAAGCUGGAUCAAUGGGUAGACAAUUGCUUGCCUUCCUUAUGGGAACACAGAAAGCACUCAUCAAGAAUUCACAUUUGGUAUGA